AUGGACAAGCUACACGCCCUCGAAGCUGCGCUUGAGAAGAUCGUGUUGGAUCCCAAGUACCACGACAUCCUUACACUGGUAAAAGGCGUAAGGAAUGGCAUCGUAUAUGGAAGUAAAGUGCGAUUCCCGCAUGCGCUUGUGAUGAUCUUUCUCUUCAGAUCCGGGAGUUUCCGGUCAAAAUGUUCACUCGUCUACAAAGCGACCCGCCAACAUGCGCGUAACCUCGGCCUCUUCGCCCUCGUCUACAAAUCCACCAUGCUCUUCCUCCGACAUACUUCCCCAACCGGCAAAGAAAGGCACUACGAUUCCUUCCUUGCCGGUCUGUUGGGCGGCUACACAGUCUUCGGUCGCACAAUCCAUAACUCCGUGUCUCAGCAAAUCGUCAUCUACGUAGCCGCACGCGUAUGUUUAGCAUUAGCAAAGUUAGCAGUACAACCGCGACAUGUUGGUGGCGGAGCUAGUGGACAAGGAGUAAAGGGAGGUGGUGGUGGGUGGGAGCUUUUUGGUAAUGGAGAGAUGAGGAAGAAGAUGGCGAAGAAUGGAUGGCCAGUUUUUGCCAGUUUGAGUUGGGCCAUGGUCAUGUAUAUCUUCAGGUGGCAUCCUGAGAGUGUGCAAAGUAGUUUGAGGAGUAGUAUGAGUUAUAUUUAUGUACAAUCGGACGACUGGGAUUCGUUGCGAACGUUGCUUUGGCAUAACAAAUAA